AUGAAGUUCACCAACGCUCCUUUGGCGGCGGCGCUUCUGCCCGUCGUCGCCGCGCAGACGAAGCCCUGUCACCCGCCUGUUGACUCGGACAAGCUGCAAGAGCUCAUCAAGUCCGAUGCCCUGAUGAAGAACCUCGAGGUGCUCAAUGACAUUGCCUACGCCAACGGUGGUCACCGCGCUUUCGGCUUCCCCGGCUACGCUGCCUCAGUCGACUACAUUUACGGCGAGCUCGAGAAGCUCAAGGGCUUCGAGAUUAGAAAGCAGGAUUUCCCUGCCCUGUUUGUCGAGACGACAGCCAAGGAGUUCUCCGUUGACGGCGAGGUCUUCCGCUCCGUCGGCCUGACCUACUCGCCAAGCACAAGUGCUGAGGGUGUCGACCUGCCCAUUGUGCACGCGCCCACAGGGCCGGCUGGCUGUGCGGCCGCCAACUACGCUGCGCAGAACAUCGACGCCAAGGGCAAGAUCGUCCUCGUCGAGCGUGGCGUGUGCCCCGACCAGACUACCUUUGCUGGCAAGCUCAAGGCUGCUGCUGCCGCCGGCGCCGCUGCCGUCGCCAUUUACAACUCGGACCCGGCCCAGCUGACGGCCGGCUCACUGUCGCUGCCCAACCCCGUCGAGUACGUUCCGGCCCUGUUGAUUGACCAGGGCCCUGGCCGUGCCAUCAAAGCCCGCCUCGACGCGGGCGAGGCUGUCACGGCGCACUUCCAGAUCACGCAGCUCAUUGAAGAGCGCAUCACGCAGAACGUCAUUGCCGAGACCAAGGGUGGCGACGCGAGCAACGUCGUCAUGGUCGGCGCGCAUCUCGACUCUGUUCAAGCCGGGCCCGGCAUCAACGAUGACGGCUCCGGCACGACUCUCAUUCUCGAGCUCGCCAAGGCCCUGUCGCGCUUCUCGACCAAUCUCAAGGUGCGGUUCGCAUGGUGGGGUGCCGAGGAGAACGGCCUAUGGGGCAGCAAGUUCUACGUGAACAACAUGACUUCGGCCGAGGUCGAUAACCUGCUUCUCUAUGUCAACUUUGACAUGGUCUCGCGCGGCUUCUUUGGCGUCUUUGACGGCGACGGUGCCGAUGUCGGUCCCGGCGGCGCCCCCGGCUCGGAGGCCAUUGAGAAGCUCUUCCUCGACCACUUUGAGUCGGAGGGUGUCGAGACGCGCCCCGUCGGUCUCACGGGCGGCACCGAUUACGUUCCCUUCCAGCAGGUCAUCAAGAAGCCCGUUGGCGGCCUCUUCACGGGUACGGGCGCCGAGCAGGACGCCUGCUACCACCAGGCGUGCGACAACAUUGACAACCCCAACCCUGAGACGCUCUUCACCAACGCCAAGGCCGCGGCCCACGUCAUCAGCGUUCUGGCGACGGACGGCGUCGAGCUUGUGCCCAAGACGCUGGUCAACUCUACGUCGUUUGCGGCCAUGAGGGAGAUUCGCGACGAGGGUCUGCAUGUGCACCUGGAGAGCAUGAAGGCAUGCGACCACGACAUCAUCUAG